AUGGGGUGUUGCUACUCAUCGUCUUCCGGGGAAGUUCCUCAACAUCGAGCCCACCAAAACCACAGAGAAGGAGAUCCACCAUUGACAAAGUUCUCCUUCUCCGAUCUCAACAUGGCCACCGAAAAUUUUAAUUUGAAAAAUAUUGUUUCAGAGAGCAUAGGAGAAUCGUCCAAUGUUGUCUACAAGGGCCGUUUGCAGAAUCGUGGCUUGGUCGCUAUUAAGAAAUUUAAUAAUAUGACUUGGCCUAAUCCUAAGACAUUUGUGGAGGAGGCACAUAGAGUUUGGGGGCUAAAGCACAAGAGCCUCGUUAAUUUGAUUGGAUAUUGCUGCGACGGAGAGAAAAGGCUUCUCGUUGCCGAGUUCAUGCCAAAUGAUACUCUUGCUAAGCAUUUGUUCCAUCGGAAAAAUCAAACCAUGACAUGGGAAAUGCGAUUGAAAGCAGCAUAUUCUACAGCUGAAGCAUUGGAUUAUUGUAGUAGUGCAGGCUUUGCAUCCUACAAUAGUUUAAGUGCUUACUCAAUUUUGUUUGAUGAGAAUGGUGAUGCAUGUCUUUCCUGUUUUGGGCUAAUGAAGGAGAUCAACAAUGAUCAAAGAACAACUGGUAAUCGAUUUUCAAUAAUCUCUUUAUAUUAUUAUUAUUCUUAUGUGAACCCUGAAAGUGUGAUGUUUAGAUUUGGUACCAUCCUUAUGGAUUUGCUAAGUGGAAAGCCAAUUCCUCCAAGCCAUGCUCAUGACAUGAUACAUGGGAAAGAUAUUGUUGAGUUGAUUGAUCCAAACUUGAAGGGAAAUUUCUCUGCAGACGAAGCUACCAUAGUUCUCAAACUCGCUUCUCGAUGUUUGCAAUAUGAGGAUAUAGAGAGUAUCAACACGAAAGACAUUGUUACAACACUUGAAACCUUGCAAACUAAAACAGAUGCCCCAUCUUACGCAAUGCUUGAAAUGGUGAAUCAAAGAGAUUUAUCUUGGAAUAAACUUUCGCCACUAGGAAAGGCCUGUCUGAGAAUGGACCUCACAGCUAUUCAUAAAAUAUUGGUGAUAGCAGGAUAUGCAGAUGACAAGGAGGUGAUCGAGUUCUCUUUCGAAGAAUGGAUGGAAGAGGUAAAAGAUAUUCAAGAGGUUCGAAAACAUGGUGAUCAAGCCUUCCUUGAGCAAGACUUUGAAACUGCCAUUAACUGUUAUUCUCAGUUCAUUGAUUCUAGGAGAACGGUGUACCCAAGUGUUUAUGCAAGGCGUUGUCUAUGCUAUUUAUUCUGCAAUCAACGAGAAGGAGCACUUCGCGAUGGGAUGACUGCGCAAUCAGUAUUCCCUGAUUGGCCAACCGCCUUCUACUUGCAGUCUGUGGCACUAUCCAAAUUCAAUAUGAUCCCUGAGUCUGCUGAUACUUUGGAAGAAGCAACUCUUCUUGAAGCAAAAAGACAGCACCGUAAGCAAAAUUCUUGA